AAGGUGUGCACCGAGCUGGACAAUCAUCUGGGCAUCAACGAUAAGGACCUGGCUGAAUUCGUGAUAAAUCUUGCUGAGAAAAAUACUACAUUUGAUACGUUUAAAGCAGUUCUUCUAAAGAACGGUGCUGAGUUCACGGAUUCCCUUAUUAGUAAUUUGCUGCGUCUCAUACAGACCAUGCGGCCUCCCCCAAAGCCAUCCACGAGCAGAGAGACUGUUGUCAAGCCCAAAUCGGAGAAGGAAAAGCUGAGGGAAUUGUUUCCAGCCCUUUGCAGGCCGGACAACCCCAACAUUAGGAGCAUGCUGGAUGAAGAUGAUGUGAAAGUGGCAGCUGAUGCACUUAAAGAACUGGAAGCUCUGAUGCCCAGUGCAGACAAGCAAGACAAGCAGAGGAGCAGUGACCACCGGGCAAAGAAAAAGAGGAGGAGCCGAAGUCGUAGCAGGGACAGAAAACGAAGGCACAGGUCUCGCUCCAGGUCUCGUUCUAGAACGUGGGAUAAGAACAGGGGCAAAUGCAGCUACUGGUCACGGAGCAGAAGUCGGAGUCACAGUAGGGACCGUAAGGAUCGAGAGAAGCACUCUGAGAAGAGCAGUGAGAGAUGGAGAGACAAGCACAUAGACCGCCCACCACCCGAGGAGCCUUCCAUUGGAGACAUCUACAACGGCAAAGUCACCAGCAUCAUGCAGUUUGGGUGCUUUGUACAGCUGGAGGGACUGAGGAAGCGUUGGGAGGGCCUGGUCCAUAUCUCGGAGCUUCGGAGAGAGGGACGGGUUGCCAAUGUUGCUGAUGUUGUGAGCAAAGGACAAAGAGUCAAAGUCAAAGUGCUAUCCUUUACUGGAUCCAAAACCAGCCUGAGCAUGAAGGAUGUUGAUCAAGAUACUGGGGAAGACUUGAAUCCAAACCGGAGGAGAAACUUGGUUGGAGAAACCAAUGAAGAAGCUUCUAUGAGAAACCCAGACAGACCCAGUCACCUGUCCCUGGUGAACGCCCCAGAAGUGGAGGAUGACAGCCUGGAACGGAAGCGCCUGACCCGAAUUUCAGACCCAGAGAAAUGGGAGAUUAAACAGAUGAUUGCAGCUAAUGUGCUUUCCAAGGAAGAAUUUCCUGACUUUGAUGAGGAGACUGGGAUCCUUCCUAAAGUUGAUGAUGAAGAAGACGAGGACCUUGAGAUUGAGUUAGUUGAAGAAGAGCCACCGUUCCUUCGAGGUCACACUAAACAGAGCAUGGAUAUGAGUCCCAUCAAAAUCGUAAAGAAUCCAGAUGGUUCCUUGUCCCAGGCUGCAAUGAUGCAGAGUGCUUUAGCUAAAGAAAGACGAGAACUUAAACAAGCCCAGAGAGAAGCAGAGAUGGAUUCUAUCCCCAUGGGACUCAACACACACUGGGUCGAUCCCCUCCCUGAUGUGGAUGGAAGACAAAUAGCUGCAAACAUGCGAGGAAUUGGAAUGAUGCCCAAUGAUAUCCCAGAGUGGAAGAAGCACGCAUUUGGUGGCAACAAAGCUUCUUAUGGUAAGAAGACUCAGCUUUCCAUCAUUGAGCAGAGAGAGAGUCUGCCAAUCUUCAGACUGAAGGAGCAGCUGAUACAAGCCGUGCAUGACAACCAGAUCCUGAUUGUUAUUGGAGAGACAGGAUCUGGGAAGACAACACAGAUUACCCAGUACCUGGCUGAGGCAGGGUAUACGUCAAGAGGCAAGAUUGGAUGCACUCAGCCUCGCAGAGUGGCUGCCAUGUCUGUUGCGAAGAGGGUGUCAGAGGAAUUUGGUUGCUGCUUGGGACAAGAGGUUGGCUACACCAUUCGGUUUGAAGACUGCACCAGCCCUGAGACUGUCAUCAAAUACAUGACAGAUGGGAUGUUGUUGAGGGAGUGCCUCAUAGAUCCUGAUCUGACCCAGUAUGCCAUUAUCAUGCUGGAUGAAGCUCAUGAGAGAACCAUACAUACAGAUGUGCUCUUUGGACUUCUGAAGAAGACGGUGCAAAAGCGGCAGGACAUGAAGCUGAUCGUGACAUCAGCAACUCUGGACGCUGUGAAGUUCUCUCAGUAUUUCUAUGAAGCACCAAUCUUCACAAUUCCUGGCAGAACGUACCCAGUAGAAAUUCUGUACACAAAAGAGCCAGAGACAGAUUAUUUGGAUGCCAGUCUGAUUACAGUAAUGCAGAUCCACUUAACAGAGCCACCAGGUGACAUUCUGGUGUUUCUAACUGGCCAGGAAGAGAUUGACACUGCCUGUGAAAUCCUGUAUGAGAGGAUGAAAUCUCUAGGACCUGAUGUUCCAGAGUUAAUUAUCCUACCAGUAUAUUCAGCUUUACCCAGUGAAAUGCAGACCAGGAUCUUUGAUCCAGCCCCACCAGGGAGCAGAAAGGUUGUCAUCGCCACAAACAUUGCUGAGACCUCUCUGACUAUUGAUGGGAUCUAUUAUGUGGUGGAUCCUGGCUUUGUGAAGCAGAAAGUUUAUAACUCCAAGACUGGGAUUGACCAGCUGGUUGUUACCCCGAUUUCACAGGCUCAAGCGAAGCAGCGAGCAGGAAGGGCUGGGAGGACAGGACCAGGAAAGUGCUACAGGCUAUAUACAGAGCGUGCUUACCGUGAUGAAAUGCUGACCACCAAUGUACCUGAAAUCCAGAGGACAAAUCUGGCCAGUACAGUGCUUUCCCUGAAGGCCAUGGGCAUCAAUGAUUUACUCUCUUUUGACUUUAUGGAUGCUCCCCCAAUGGAAACUCUUAUAACUGCCAUGGAGCAGCUGUACACCCUGGGAGCUCUGGAUGAUGAGGGGCUGCUCACUCGACUUGGGCGCAGGAUGGCAGAAUUCCCCUUGGAGCCGAUGUUGUGUAAGAUGCUGAUCAUGUCUGUACACCUGGGAUGCAGCGAGGAAAUGCUGACCAUAGUCUCCAUGCUGUCUGUGCAGAAUGUGUUCUACAGGCCAAAGGAUAAACAGGCACUUGCUGAUCAAAAGAAAGCCAAGUUCCAUCAGACAGAAGGUGACCACCUCACUCUGCUGGCUGUUUACAACUCCUGGAAGAAUAACAAAUUUUCAAAUCCCUGGUGCUACGAAAACUUCAUCCAGGCCCGAUCCUUACGCAGGGCUCAGGACAUCCGCAAGCAGAUGUUGGGCAUCAUGGACAGGCACAAGCUGGAUGUGGUAUCCUGUGGGAAGGCAACAGUUCGAGUCCAGAAAGCCAUCUGCAGUGGCUUCUUCCGAAAUGCAGCAAAGAAGGAUCCCCAGGAGGGUUAUCGGACGCUCAUCGAUCAACAAGUGGUCUACAUCCACCCGUCCAGUGCACUUUUCAACAGGCAGCCAGAAUGGGUGGUGUACCAUGAGCUGGUGCUGACCACCAAGGAGUACAUGCGUGAAGUGACCACUAUUGAUCCUCGCUGGCUGGUGGAGUUUGCUCCAGCUUUCUUCAAGGUUUCUGACCCAACCAAGCUGAGCAAACAGAAGAAGCAGCAGCGGCUAGAGCCUCUGUACAAUCGCUACGAGGAGCCCAAUGCCUGGAGGAUCUCGCGAGCCUUCAGACGGCGCUGAGCCUGCUCCUUACCCCCGCUGAUGUUUGGGGGACUCUGAUUUCUGCACUGUUGAAAGUGCUUCCUGAAAGGACUCUGUUGAAGGUGUCUACCCAAGGAAGAGCAAGCAAGUGUUCUCGAGCAAAAUCACAAGGGGGCGAUGCCUGUUCAUGUCUGCUGCCUCUUGGAUUCCACAGCUGCCUGACAAAUGUUCUGCGUCUCCUGGCCACUGUUCUGGGUUUCCUCGGUGUAUUGCAUCAUUUCAGAGAUGGUUCUUGAAGAGCUUGUUCAGUCAUUCCACUCUUAAAGAGACAAACCCAAAGAUUCAGAAAUCUGGGUGCUGAGCUGAACAACAACAAAAAGACAAUGAAUAAAGAAUGGUUGUUUAUCAGUUUAACCAUGUUCUGAAUUACCAGACAA